CUUCUACCCUCACCAACCAUGCUUUACUUUCAGUUGGUCAUUAUGGCAGGAACGGUCAUGCUGGCGUAUUACUUUGAGUACACAGAUACUUUCAACGUACACGUCCAAGGGUUUUUCUGCCAUGACAAUUCUUACACGAAGCCGUAUCUUGGACCGGAGGAGUCAAGUGCCAUUCCGCCGGCUAUCCUUUACGCUGUGGUUGCUGGGGUGCCCGCACUUGUGAUCACAGCAACAGAGUCUGUACUGUUCUUGCUGCAGUAUGUCUCAGAAGAUCUGGACAAUAGAGAGAAGAUCAUAGUUAUGGGGGACUGUUGUUACCUCAACCCUCUGGUGCGCAGGACUUUCCGCUUUCUGGGUGUGUAUGCAUUUGGCCUCUUCGCCACAGACAUCUUCGUGAACGCCGGUCAGGUGGUGACAGGGAAUUUGGCUCCUUAUUUUCUUACUGUGUGUAAACCCAACUAUACAGCACUGGGCUGCCAGCAGGUUGUUCGCUUCAUCAAUCAACAGGAAGCCUGCACGGGCAAUGAGGAAGACAUCCUGCGCGCCCGCAAAUCCUUCCCUUCCAAAGAGGCAGCACUCAGUGUCUAUGCUGCGUUGUAUGUCGCUAUGUACAUCACGUGUACGGUAAAGGCCAAAGGCACACGACUGGCCAAGCCUGUGCUUUCACUGGGACUGAUGUGUCUGGCCUUCCUAACGGGGAUAAACCGUGUGGUGGAGUACCGUAACCACUGGUCUGACGUCAUCGCCGGCUUCAUCAUCGGUGGAGCUAUUGCCGUCUUCAUGGUGGUCUGUGUGGUGAAGAACUUCAAAGGCAAGCCCUUGCUGAGUGAGAUUCCGCCAGAAGAGAGCGUGGCCGGUGCUCCCAUGCUUGGGCAGCCCAGAGUGGAGAACCCCAUGGAAAAAUACAUAGCCUCACAGAGCCCGAUCACCUACGCGGAAGUCACAUGA